UUGAUUGGUCAACGCAGGUUUUCAGGACUGGCGAAACGCGUAUCCACGGGUUAAUGCACGAAACGUUGUUGACCAUAAAGCCAACCUAACGUACGCUAAAUUCAAACGUUCGAUUGAAUAUGUUGCGGGGUGGUUCCGGACCUAGCUGGCCCAGCGUUUCGGCCACCGACUUUUGUUGCAACGGCGAGGCUCAAUGGCUUCGUGAUGAAGCUAGUGGUGAAGAUAUUCCUGAAGCUAGGGAUUUGGAACAGGGCAUGGACCUACCGGUGUCUGUCUCCCCAUCACAUCUAGACUUCUACGUAGAUGAGAAGAAUGGAGACACACUGCUGCUCUCGUUGUUCAAUGUCAGUCAACAGACGGUAUACUUUCAGUUGAUGUCGAACGAACCAGCACGGUAUGGAUUCACGGGGCGAUCAGGCAUCAUCACAGCCCAUUGCUACAGCGAAAUAGAGGUGCACUACUUUGGUCUCUCCGAGGAACAUGUGGGCACCAGGGACAACCUGCGCAUUGUCUUGUGUGAGCAAGAGGACCGCAUCCUGGGAUUCGUGGAUGUGCCUGUCAACGUGUGGCCUAAGCGUGGCAGGUCUGAUGAUGAGAGCGAGGAGGAGGCUCCAGCAGCUGUUUUGCCGAGAGGUUCCACCCACACCCAGCAGCUGCCAAGGCAAGAUUGGAACAACAGCUGGGCGCUAUCUGGUCACCUGCCACUUCUGAUGUUUGUGGUGCUGGUCUGUGUUGUAGCCCUUCUGCUGCCACUCAAGGGUACACUUGAUGCCAGCAGCCACCCACUGUUGGCAUACUUCUCUCUAAGCCACAAGCUCAAGCUAGUCGCUGCAUACAUCCUUGGUGAUGAAAAGGCAGUGUUACUUCAUCCGACUGAUUUGGUGCAUUGCGCGGCACUUAGUGUGCACCGAGCCCGACCACGCCGCCUGACACACUUGGCCGACAACAGUUGCGGCUGCGGCUGGCUCUACUCGGCUCGCACACACGCUUGCUGGCUUGAGCACUGGAGCCAUGGUGAUGCCACAAAAACGAGGUGCAUGACCAUGCUCAUCGUCACUUAGAAAAGUCUGCGAUGCCCAACUGGACAAUCCUGAAGUAUACAAGUCUAUGGUCAAGAAAGGUUCCAUGUGAAGUUGUGUGACCCGGUCGUCCUGGUGAUGUUUUGUUUUCUUCAAAUAAAGUGUGCCUGAUAUA